UUUGAAUACCUGUUAGAGCGCGCCAAUAACAUAGAUCGCCUGGUGUAUUGCAUGUUACACACCCUGCCACUAUAGGGUUAGUGUUUGAUACGAACAAUUAGAAUCAUGGAAUAAUGUAACCUACUAGAUUUGGCGGAAAAUAGAGUAUCUGAGUGAUAUCAACAGGAGGAACAAAAGCAGAUUACGUUUUAGGAAAAACAGAGGGAGUGUGUUUUACUAUCAUCUGCUAAGCGAAACAAUACAGCAGGAAUAUUCUUUGAACCCGUGUCAUAGUCGUGAUCAUCGACCAUGAGUCGUAUCAUACAAGCCCUGAUCGCCAUCGGCAUCUUCUUGUUCGUUGGUAUCAUGAUUUUCGUGCCUUCUUUGGUGAUGACCACGGAACCGUUCUCCAACUGGGGCCAGUUCGAGUCGGUGGACUGCGGCGAAACUGUGGAGGAUGAACGCAUCAACUGUUAUCCCGAUCUUGACCAGCCUACUGCCCGUCAAUGCGAGAUGAGAGGAUGCUGUUUCCAGAGAAUCACUUGGGAUCGAUUGAAUAAGAUCCCCGAGUGUUACUUCCCUACAAACGUCGGUUACAGGGUCAUUGGAGAUCAAAAGGAAAUCUCUGAAGGAUUUCAGUUGGAGCUUUUUAGGCUUCAUACACCAAGGUUCUUCUACGAGGAAGUAGAAAAUCUUAGAUUCCGAGCAGAGUUCUACAAGGAGAACAUCCUCCACAUGAAGAUAUACGAGUACCGCUACGUUGACAGGACUGAGAUUCGAUUUGCUGAGCGAGUGGAUCGAAACUGGAAGCCACGCUAUGAGGUUCCUCUGGAGUACCCCAAGACCACACUCAAGAACAGCUGGCCCGAGUAUGAAAUCGUCUAUGACAGAAACCCAUUUAGAUUCAAAGUCAUGAGGACAAGGACAAAUACAGCACUUUUGGACACGAAUAUCGGAGGUCUGGUUUUUGAGGAUCAGUUUCUUCAGCUGUCAGCUAAGCUACCUAACAGUAUGAUGUAUGGAUUGGGAGAACACAACAAAUUGAGAUUCAGACAUGAGGUCAAUUGGCAUACCUACGGUAUCUUCUCUGCAGAUAACGACCCGGAUGAGGAUCAGUACAAGAAUCUUCACGGACAUCAUCCUUUCUUCAUGGCUAUCGACGAUCAGGGAGACGCAUUCGGUGUGCUCUUUGCAAAUAGUAAUGCCCAGGAUGUGAUGCUAAGUCCUGCUUCUGCUGUUACAUGGCGAUCUAUCGGAGGUGUACUAGACUUCUGGGUGUUCACCGGACCGACACCUGAAAUGGUUAUCGCUCAGUAUACUGAGGUAGUAGGUCGAACCAAUAUGCCACCGUUCUGGGCCUUGGGUUACCAGUUUGGCCGGGCUGAUUGGCAAAAUGUAGAUCAGAUCAGACAGGUCGUGGAUAGCAACGUAGCGGCCGGAGUACCAUUUGAUACAAUCUACAGUGACGUAGGGUACAUGAAGGAUUUCAUGACCUUCACAUACGAUGACGUCAAUUUUGCAGGAUUACCGGAGUUUGUCCAAGAAUUGAAUGCAGGCGGAAUGAAAUACAUCCUGACACUGAACCCUGGAGUUUCUAGCCAGGUUCCUGAGCCACAGAACUUCUAUCAUUUCUACUACUACGGAAACAAAUAUGGAUAUUACAUCAACGAGACAGAUAAGAAAACGCAGGCUAAAGGCUUCCAAUGGCCUGGUGAGGUGGCCUUUACGGAUUUCACCAAUCCCGAUGCAAAGAAUUGGUGGGCUGAUUUCGCCGUGCAAUUCUCACAAACACUUCCAUUUGAUGGUGUAGACAUGACGAUGAACGAGCCCGGUAAUAUGGUGAACGGAUCAAAGAUCGGAUGCGGAAAUAGAAAAUGGAAUUUUCCUCCAUGGGUUCCAACGCUUUACAGCCGCAUGCUGUACUACAAAACAAUAUGUAUGGACUAUGAACAGCAUCUCGGCGUACACUAUAACCUACACAGUCUCAACGGCCACUUCGCUGCGGAGGCUGCACAAUAUCUUAUGGAGCAGGUGAAACCAGAUAAACGUAGUUUGGUAUUAUCUCGGUCUACGUUCCCUGGAACAGGCCGAUACGCUGGCCACGCCCUCGGGAAGAACAAAGCAGGCUGGGAUGAGAUGUACAGGUCUCUCGUUGCUGUGAUGGAUUUCAACCUGUUUGGCAUUCCUUACGUUGGUCCUAACACAUGUGGUUACUACGACGACUCAUCCAUGGAAUUAUGCAUCAGAUGGACGCAGAUGGCAGCAUUCUUCCCUAUCUUCCGCACGUACAAAGGUCGCGGAACAGAUGCGGCUGAUCCAGCCUCUUUGGGUAGUGAGUUCAUUGAAAGCACUCGGGAGGCAAUCAAGUAUCGUUACUGGCUCCUACCUUACAUCUAUACUCUCUUCUAUCACGCCAGACUGGAUGGGUGGACAGUGGUUAGACCAGUCCUCAAUGAAUUCCCAGGGUAUGAGAAUGCUUGGGAUGUAGACUGGGAGUUCUUCCUCGGCCCUGCCCUGCUGGUUGCUCCUGUCCUUCAUCAGGGAGAAACAUCUGUGAAUAUCUACAUACCCGACGACAGGUUCUACGACUUUUACUCAGGUGUUAUGGUUUCCAAUGCGGUGAAAGACAGCAACACGACAGUAACCGCUGUUCCCCUGGACAAGAUCGUUCUGAUCCAGCGGGGAGGGACCAUCAUACCGCUACAGAAGAAUGAUAACCAUGAUGUAGCAAACUCAACCCAGUUUAGUCGUCUAGACCCGUUGACGCUGGUGAUUGCAAUCCCUGAAGAAGUGAGCCUACAGGCAUAUGGAGACCUUUUCUGGGACGAUGGUGAAACUUUGAAUUCGUACGAGAGGAACCUAGAUUUGUACUUGGAAUUCUACGCUAACCAGGAUCGUAUCGACAUCCUAUCACAACGUACCGGUAUGAUCGAGAACGAUCCCUCGCUCAUUGACGAUCUACCGGUGAUCGAAGCUAUUACGAUGUACGGCAUGUCCAAUGAUCCUGGCUCAUCAGUAUCGGUCAAUAACGGAGCUAUAGAUCAAUCACAAUUCAUUUACGACAGUUUGACCCAGGUAUUCAAUAUAACCGGUUUAGCAUUGGACAUCAUCUCUGAUCACGUGAUUGAACUUGGCGCCACUGCAAACCCACUCUAAUCAAUUCUAUCAACAUCACCUUGAUCCGCACGUGCCAUCGCCUGAGCCUUUUUGAUGUUCUUUCCAUCUUAAAUCAGCAAAUACUUCAAUGAUACUUUUGGGGUUUUUCCCCCAUUUAUUUCACCACAAAGCCAUACGCAUUAGUUUUUUUCACUGAUUUAUUUUGGUAUUUAGACCAUCAUUCUUUUGUUUGGGAGAGACUUUUAUUGCAAUGUUUAAAUGGCGUUAGUGCAUAAUUCCCAUUGACACCACCACUGAUGCAUAUAAGAGUUAUAUUCAAUGUGAAUUAUAUUCAAAUAAAUAAAUAAAUAAAAUGUCAUUAUUGACCAAAUCCUACUACCUGAUGUGUUCAUAGUAGGAUAUCGCUUCGAGUAGUAUAUACAUGCAGUUUUGUUUUUAAGAAAAUAAAAGCAAUUGACUAGUUACGCAGCUUAAUAUUUUUAUCAAUUUUGAUAUACAUUUGUGUUUCGUUUGCUUUUCUUGCUUUUCACCGCUGUAACAUAGUAAAUGCAAUUGUAACUGGCUUUAAAUAAUUUAAUAAUUUGUAAAAAGAAAAAAAAGAAGAUCAUGCAGGCAAAGAUAUUUGGAGGAUAAGAUACCACUAAUGAUGUGUUCUAGAUCUUGUUUUAUUCUUACGUUUUGUGGAAAUUCGUGCCUAAUAGAAGUGCAAUUGAUUCGUAGUUAAAUUAUUUGUGAUUUCUUCAUUUGUUUGCUUUGAUGAUGAUGAUAGAAUGAUAAUGAAAAGAAACAUAACAAUAGUAACAAUAACAAAAGUAGCAAUGACGACAAAAACAGCAACAAUAAUAAUGAUAAUAAUGAUAAUGAUAAUAAUAACGAUGUUGAUAAUAAUAGUAAUAACGCGAUAUUCUUUAACGUUUGUGCUGCAUGUAUUGCAUACGACUGAUUUCUUGCUGUUAUAUUCUAUUAUCGAAUCUAUGGAUGUUUUGAAGAUGACAUAUCUUGUUUAAGUAAGGUUCUACGGCAAACUUUGCGUGUUCAAAGUAGUACACUUGAAAUAGCAUUAGUAGAUUGUGAACCGUUUAAUAAUACGAAUGUAAAACUGAGAUUACUACUGUGGAUUCACAAUCAACAGCGCCAUCUAGCGACACCAGUGCUUCGUCAGGUCCACGUGAUGCAUCAUGGGGAAAAGUCGUUACCUCUAGAUCUGGCUUUGUUAUACUUGAUGUAAUUUUCCUCCUUUUUAUCAUUUCAUUUAUUUUCAUUUCUGAACAUAAAAUGAAACAAUAUAACGACACAAGUGCUUCGUCAGUUCCACGUGAUGCAUCAUGGGGGAAAGUCGAUACCCCUGGAUCUGGCUUCCUUUUGUAUCAUUUCAUUUAAUUUUCAUUUCUGAACAUAAAAUGAAACAAUAUAAAAUGUUGACAAGUGCAGGAUACGGUUGAUAAUCAUGUAGCCCGACGAGAUAAGGGGAUUUAAUCGGAAUGUUUGGUUCGGGAAGGUUUAAAGAGCUUAUAGGGGGAAUAAUUUUGACCCUACUCACGACGUUUUCGUAAAUUUUUGCCACUCUUUGGCCCAAACUAACCAUUACGAUCACUUUGGGACAGGCGUUAUUUCUCCAAUCGUUUAUAUGAGGCAAGAAGAUUUGAUUGGCAUAUUUUGGUUAAAAUGUGCACCGCACAGGUUGAAUGAUGUACUCCCUCGAGAUGAAAAUUGGCCUGUCAUGGAUUGCCGGUGUGGGCGCUGUUCAUUGUGAAUCCACCUUUUUAUCAUAGAUCAAACGGCAACCUAGCUCAGUUUGAAAUUCAAUUUUCUAUCUUUCUAACUUUGUACAUAUUUCUUUUAUAUAUUUAGUGCAAGUAGUUUAUAGUCAAAAUAAAUUUACUGCAAAUUAUUGAAUAAUUUGUAUUUGAAAUAAACUGAUUAAGUGCUUGAAAUCAAUGAAAAUGUAA